AUGGCGUUAGUGGCACCGCCGCCUACAGCGUGGCGAGAGCCCGGCGCUAUGCUGGGCCCUGGUUUGGGCCCUAUAGGACCGGGUCCCGGUCCCGGUCCCGUCACGCCGACGCAAGCAGAAGAUAUAACUGCAUUGGUACCCGUCGUUAGGGAACUCCAACAGUCUGCCACGCCGGGUUUACAAUCUAAUUCUACUCAAAGCGGUGGAUCUAAUAAUGGCGUUGAUAAAAACCAAAAUAUUGAAUGCGUCGUGUGCGGAGAUAAAUCUUCAGGGAAACAUUAUGGACAAUUUACGUGCGAAGGUUGUAAAAGCUUUUUUAAAAGAAGCGUCAGACGUAAUCUCACAUAUUCUUGUAGAGGAAAUCGUAAUUGUCCGAUCGAUCAACAUCAUAGGAAUCAAUGCCAAUAUUGUAGAUUAAAGAAGUGCCUCAAAAUGGGGAUGAGAAGAGAAGCUGUACAAAGAGGAAGAGUACCUCCAUCGCAGCCUCCGGGAUUACCGGGACUUCCGGAUCACCGGUUUAUCGAUCGAUCGAUCGGUCAUUUAUUGACUCGAGGUCAAACCUUGACUAGUAAAAUUUGA